AAAUUCGAUUCGAAUAUUUCAAAAGCAUUCGUCACGAUGAAAGACCGCGUAUUUCUAUUUCGUGUACAAAGAGUUUCGAUGAAAACAGAGUGUUUUUGGUUUUUCGCUAAUAUUUUCGCAAAUCACUUUCAUACGGUGCUAUCGAACUGAACGUUUAAAAUGACCAAAUGUUUGAGUUUAUUACUCGUAAUCACUGUAAGCCCGGUAAUCGCAUUAUGGGACGAUGCCACCAAAGACCACGAGAUUUUCAAUACAUCGUCCGGUGUAUUUGUUGAUAAAACAUUACUCAUCGAAGCGUUUUUCCGGCAUUCUCAGAUGUGCAAAUACCAAGUAAUCACGAGUCCUCUGGGAUUUGGCAAAACUACCAAUUUAAAAAUGUUGAAACGAUUCGUUGAACUGGAAGUAGAUGAAUUUGGUCGAGUGAAAAAUAAAACGCGAACAUCCAGCUAUAAAUUAUUCUCCGAUAGGCGACUAAAAAUAUCCAAACACGCUAAAAUUAUAGAAAAUUAUUUGGCCGAAUACCCAGCUAUUUAUUUUAGUUUCGAUGACAUAAUUAAAUCCGAAGAUUUCGUUGUAAAUGAGAUGAAUUUGUUGAAAAAGUUCAAAAAAUUGUACCUCCGGUAUAAGUGGCUUUUUGAGCAUUUUUUGACAAAUUCCACCAGCAACGAGACUACUCGAGAAGAUGGAAUAGAAAUGAAGCUUUCAGAACGAAAAAAUUUUAUACGUGAUUUAAUCGAUGAAAAUGAUCCUACAUCGUCUCAAGUCCCGAGCAUGGAUACUUUGAGCAUUCUAGCUGAGAUUUUGUACUCGUACUUUGGGCGAAAAGUUUUCAUCUUUAUUGAUAACUACGACUCGGUGUGGGUCGAUGGAUUGAGGGAUAACGUUGAUAAACUUUGGUACGUAGAUGUUGGCAGACACUUGCAUGAAAUUAUUCGCGUACUCUUCGGACCAGAAAUGAAAAAAUACAUAGAAUAUAUUUUUAUCACCGGCACCAACACGAUAUUUUUACACGCGAUGAGUAAUAAUAUAAGUUAUAAUCGCUUCUUAGAUGAUAAUCAUCCAUUUACACGGUAUUACGGGUUUAGCGAAAAUGAAGUUCUCGAGUUACUCGAACAACAUGAUAUCGAUACGAAAAACAUAUCAGAUCUGAAAAUACUGCAUAACGGGUAUUCGACGAGAACGUCUGAAAUGCAAUUAUUUCAAUCGUCUUCGAUCGUCGACUACGUAACCAAAUCUACGAGCAAUAAAAGUUCAUCUUACAAGAAUAAGAAAUAUCUAUGGUUAGAUAGCGGUUCGUUGAUUGGCCAAUGGAAAGCUUUAUUCGAUGGUACGGUGUAUGAAAGAGUUAAACGUCUGAUGGACGUCAAAAGCACGACCUUUGAAUUGUAUCGAUUUUGCGACGAAAAGGGGACAGGCGAAUUACAAAAUUUGAGUAAUGUUUUAAAAGUACAACAGCCUUUGCUCAAUGUAACAGUUGACUGGUUUUUUUCUCUGUUGUUUGAAAAUGGAUAUUUUACGUAUAGCGAUAAAGCAGGGGGGUUCAAAAUACCUAAUCGAAGUAGAGAGAAUGCUUUUAUCGAGGUAUUAGCUAAAGUCGAUAAAAUACUCGAGAGUGUCAUGAAAGCCGAACGAUACUUCAACUACACAACUGAAAGUUCGAUGCAAGUUUUCGAUUUUUAAUCAUUAUUUUUAAUUUUAAGCUGAGACAUUAUCUUGUUUUGUUUAAGUAUUUACUUAAUUGAUAGGUACCUAGACAUCUAAGUAGGCACGAGUAAUAAUAAUUUUGUGCAAACAGAAAAGUUCAUUUUUAUUGUUUUUGAAAAUUUGUACCUACUUAUUCGUGAUUUCCUGCUCCUUCUUUUGAUUCGCAAUUAUAUUCAAAGAAGAAAAAUAUUCAUAUGGUAAUAAAUAAAUCUGCGACUUCAUCAUUUCUCAAACUGAUUCCAAAAAUUUUUAAAAUCCGAAUAAAGCAGAAUCAAGCUGGAGAUAAGAAAUGGCGGGGGACUUAUACGUAAGUAACCAAUCACAAGAAAUCAAAAAUUUUACAAUCAGAAAAAAAUGAAACCAAUUCGAUAGAAAUUCAUUUUAUUCAAACCGUAGUAAUCGAAAAAGCCUUCAACGAGUUCAUUUUUCUUUCAUUUGGCACCUUAUAAAAAUCCUGCUCGUCUGUGUACGUGAAAUAUCCAUUUUCGAAGAGUAACGUGAAGAACCAAUCCACAGUCAAAGUUUCAAUUUGAUCUUGAGGUUUUAAAACCUUUUUGGCUGCGGCUAUGUCCCUUAUAUUGUAACUUAACGCUUGCAAUUCUUGUUCGUUGAUUUUUGGUCUCAUUUUGAAAGUUGUA